AUGUCUUCCUCUACAAUCUCAGGAUUCACUGUCCUCCCCAUAUCCUAUGGGCACGAUGCUACACAUUAUCUAUAUGCUCGCGCCCAUGCCGGCUCGAAGAAAUCGCCGUCUUCUAACGCGCUACCCGACCAGCGAACACUUUUUCUCGUCAAUGUCCCUCCCGACGCAACGGAACGUGAACUUAUAAUGCUCUUCAAGAAUUCUGGGACAGUUGAACGAGUGUUAUUCGACGGAGAUGCCGCUAUAGAGGAACUAGAUGACGACGAGGAUGAAAGUGACGCAGAAGAACAAGCCGAAGUACUAGCGGAGGCAGAGGACUCCCAACCGGCACGAAAAAAGAGAAAACUCGAUGCCAAGAACAAAAAGCCCGUUGUGAUUCCGCUUCCCUCCCCUCCCCUCCGUCGACUGCGCGAAACUGGACGAACAGCGCACGUUGUUUUCCUCGACCAAUCUUCGCUCGAGCGUGCAUUAGUGCCUUAUUCAAAACCAAGACCGUGGCCGACAUCCGAAGAACCCUCCGGCUUAGCGCACUAUAUUGCGCGGUACGAUGCGGCCCGCCCACCGCUCGAUAUUAUCCGGGCUCAUGCUGAUUCGGCCAUGGAGUUGUUCGAAUACGAAUUACGACAAACUAAACAACAGAGCAAGUAUCGCAAGGGAGAGGACAUCGUCGACGAAGACGGCUUCACGCUGGUUACCCGCGGUGGAGCGUACGGGAAGAAUCUGGGUGGUGGGGUUGGAGUUGCGAGCAAAAAGUUUCAGGAAACUGGAGAAACAACAACUCGUCCCAAAAAGGCGGAAAAGAAGGAGAAAAAGAACUUUUACGCCUUCCAAAAAGCUGAAAAACAACGGAACGAUCUUUUGGAGCUGAAAAAGAAUUGGGAAGCAGACAAGGCGAAAGUGGAAAAGCUAAAAGCGGCCAGAAAGUUCAAGCCAUACUAG